AUGUCUGUCCUUGCUUCACUUCUAUCACCAUCUCCAGUAGCAUUUCCUCCCUGUCAGUGCCAGGACAUGGACAUGCCAUCCCCUCAUGACCAUAUCAACAACAUUACACUAUUCACAGCUUUGCAGCAAGCCUCUGGAUUGGCUCCAGCAUCAGAGCAGUCUUCAACUGCUUUGCAGCACAACACAAUAAUGUCAGCUCAGUCCAACCUUGAUUGCUCUCAUCAGUGCCACCCUUCUGCAACUUCCAGCACCUUGGCUGGGGCUGAGUCGACUCAGCCAGCAACCUCUCCCACUUCCCCUUUGUCCUCCUCCACUCCUUCUGGUUCCAAUGCCACCACAUCUGCUGAUUGUAUUGCCUACUUCAAUUGGUCACCUAGCGACAUAAAUAACCUUGUUGAUAUCAUCUACAAUAAUGAUCAUUACCAACAUGUUCUAUUGCCAGGACGUUUGACUGCAGAACAGGAAAAGGGUCUGAAGACAAACAAAGAUGUUAUCUGCAGGCAGAUAUGGCAGGAGCUGUUCCCAGACGAGUCUACUGUUGGUGGUGCUGGUCGAGUAAAGACUAAGAUUCGCUGGCUCACUGAACAAUACAACAACAUCAAGAAGACCAUCUCACAGCAGACUGGUGCUGGAGUACUUCUUCAAGACAUGGAUCACAACAGCUCUGACUAUGCCACAUGCGAAUCGAUUGCUCGAAGCCGCCCUUGGUUUGAGCACUGGCACAAGAUGAUGACCAACUGUGCACAGACUGGUCCAGUUGUUCUUCUCACUGGUCACCCAUAUGAUGCCACCCCUGCCUCCUCUCAGAAUAACUCGGUUGAUGCUGAUGAGUCGCAAAAUGAUCCCAUUGGAGCAAGAGUUAUCUCAUCUUUUUCUUCUUUGGUUGCAGCCACCCCAGCUGCUGCUUCAUCUUCAUCCUGCUCACCCUUCUCUUCCUCAUCCAACCCGUCUUUGAUUGGCCCCACCCCCUUCACCAUUACCCCUAUAGACACUCCAACCCACCAGUGCUCAUCCAGCACCGCUUUUGAGGCUGAUGAAGUGGAUGAUGGUGAUGGUGACUCUGUUUACCAUUCUCCAGCCACAGGUACAACACCCAAGAAGUCUCAACCCUUCACUUCCAAGAGCAAGUGA